UAAAAAUACCGCCAACACAAGAUUUCACUCUCUCAUGUUUUGCUUUUAUAUCUUCCUUUCUUUAGCUAUUAUCAAGGAAAAAUAAGAAAACAGAGCACCUCUGUUUUUUUCUUUGUUUCUCCAUUCUAUCUCUCGUCUUCUCAACUUGUAAACUCAAACAAAUGAUUCGAAAAAUCGAUCCGGAUAACCGCCGGGUUCUUAAAUUCCCGGCGGUCCGUCCGUGUGAAUCGAUUUCACCGGUGAUCCUUCUCAAUUCUUUGAUCACUCUCUCUAAUGAAAUCACCACUUUCAGAACCAAUUUUUUUCCUUCUCAGAAAAAAUUUUCCCGGGAAGUGAUUCGACAAAUGGGUAUCCUCCAAAUUUUCUUUGAAGAAAUCCGUGAUCACCAAUCAUAUUUCACCAAAUCCCUCAUUUUAUGUCUUUCUGAGCUUCAUUUUGCUCUCCAAAAGAUGCAAUUUUUACUACAAGAUUGUACCAGGGAAGGUUCUAGGCUCUAUAUAUUGAUGAAAUCACAAUUUGUAGCUAAUCAAUUCCGGGUUUUGAUUGGUUCAGUUGGUAUAGCUCUUGAUAUACUUCAAUUCAAUUCACUGGAAAUCUGCAGUGAAGUGAAGGAAUUAGUGGAAUUACUUUCACAACAAGCUCAAAAAUCGAAGCUCGAGGUCGGUCUAACUGAUCAAUGUGCCAUGGAGAGGGUGAUUUUAAUCUUGAACCAGUUCGAGAACGAGUUCGAACCCGAAAAAGGAUUGAUAAAACGUGUUCUUGAUUACUUGGGGAUUCAUAGUUGGGGAGAUUGCAACAAUGAAGUCAAGUUUUUGGAAGAAGAGAUGAUUAAGGUUGAAGAGGAGGAAAGAGAGAUUCCUUUGAUUAGUAGCUUAUUGGGGUUGAUGAGCUACUGCAGGGGAGUAAUUUUCGACACUUUGGAUGAGCAAAUAAUCAAUCAAUCAGAAGCAAAAUUAGCAGGAGAGAUGCUAAAUUGCUUGAAUCCCGAAGAUUUUCGAUGCCCGAUUUCACUUGAAUUGAUGAUGGAUCCAGUUACAAUAUCUACUGGGCAAACAUAUGAUCGAGCAUCAAUUGAAAAAUGGCUGAAUUCAGGGCAUUUACUCUGCCCCAAAACAGGGGAAAAGCUUGAAAGUACAGAAUUAGUACCAAAUUCAGCUCUUAAGAAGAUAAUACAGCAGUUUUGCUCAGAUAAUGGGAUUUCAAUAUUGAAAUCAGCAAGAAAAAGCAAGGAGUUAUCGAGGACAGUUGUUUCGCCUAGUCCAGCUUCUAGAGUAAGCAUGAGGUUCUUAGCUCAAUUUUUUGCUGGGAGACUUCAUUAUGGAACAGAUGAGCAGAAGAACAAGGCAGCUUAUGAAAUCAGAUUGUUGACGAAAUCGAAUAUCUUCAACAGAUCAAUCUUAAUUGAAGUUGGUAAUGUCGCUCCUCUAUUGGAUCUUCUUACAUCAACUCAUCCAAAUACACAAGAAAACGCGAUUGCAGCUCUUUUGAAGCUAUCCAAGCAUUCCAAAGGGCAGAAAUCAAUCAUUCAAGAAGGCGGAUUAAUGCUAAUUAUCUCAGUUCUUCGACGAGGAAUGAAGGUCGAAUCAAGGCAGAUUGCAGCAGCCACAAUUUUUUACCUUUCAGCAGUUGAAAAAUACAGAAGAUUGAUUGGUUCAACAAGAGAAGCUAUACCUGGUCUUGUUGACCUCAUCAAAGAUGGGACAAUGUGUGGUAAAAAGAAUGCUAUUGCUGCAAUUUUCGGGCUUCUAUUGUAUCAUAAAAACCAUGAAAGAGCACUAGAAGCUGGAAUCAUCCCAACUUUAGUUGAUCUUGUCACAUCCAUUGAAAGGUCAGACCUUCUAGCUGAUUCUUUAGCUAUUUUAGCUUGUUUGGCUGAGAAGAUCGAUGGGUGCAUCGCGAUUUUGCAAACAUCGACCUUGCCAUUAAUCAUUAACUUCUUAAAAUCGUCCAUUUCCAAAGCUGGAAAAGAAUAUUGUGUGUCGAUUUUAUCGUCCUUGUGUACUAAUGGUGGACCUGAAGUGAUCGCGGCGUUAGCCAAGGAACAGGCGAUCAUGCCUUCAUUGUAUGGGCUUGUUACCGAAGGGAGUGCUCAUGCUAGUAAGAAGGCGCGUAUGUUAAUCAAUAUGUUACAUAAGUUCAAUGAAUCAAGCUCUUCAAAUCUAGCAGCAGCUUCUAAAGUUCAUAAAGAGAGGUUUGUUCAUGCAAUGUAAUGUAACAAAUAAUCAAGCUCUUAUAUUAUCAUUUGUAUAUAUUUAGGUUUCAUAAAUUUAAAUCCAUAUUUGAUACCAUCAGCUAGGUUUUUAAAUAGAGCUGAACAUUAUAUCAUUAGGCUUAGUUUAUUUUCUUCAAGUAUACUGUAUAAAUUUGUACUAGUAUAAAAGAUAGUAUUCUUUUCCAUGUAGGAUGUAAUAUAUGGCUCAAGUGCCAUAGAAGUGAUAAUUGUCACAGAUUGAAGUUUUGUAUUAUGAUAAGUUCAGUGAAUAAAGAAUAAUGUUGCUGUCUUA